GCUUGCAGACGCCUGUCCCCUGACUGAACAUUAGGGGAUUUUCUGCACUUGUCACAAGGAGCAAGGUUGACAUAUACAGCUAUUUCUGCCUGUGAAGGAACUCAUUUGCUUGGCUAGAGGUGCAAGUUGUAUCCCAGCAUGAAUACGUUCUCGCACACACUGCUUUUUGGCACUGUGUUCCUUUUAACCCUUAAGGAGCUGACAGAGGCAUGCAGCUGCUUCCCGACUCACCCCCAGCAGCAGUUCUGUAAUGCAGAUGUAGUGAUUCGUGGAAAAGUAAUCAGUAAAGAGUUUAUCAAUGCAAAAAAUGUUGAUCGUCAAGUCAGAUAUGGAAUCAAAAUGAUCAAGAUGUUUAAAGGCUUUCACAAGAUAAAAGAUAUUGAUAGCGUGUACACCUCUGCUGAAUCUUCUAUGUGUGGCAUUGAGUUAGACGUUGUCAAGAAGAUGGAAUAUUUACUAACAGGCCACCUAUGGGAAAACAAAGUCACCAUCAGUCUGUGUGGUCUUUCUAUACCUUGGAAGGAUGUGUCAGCAUUCCAAAUGGAGAGUCUCAGUAGCACUUAUCAAAUGGGAUGCAAUUGUAAGAUUACGUAUUGUUAUGUAGAAUCGUGUGAUACCCGUGCACCAAAUGAAUGCCUCUGGAAAGACUGGGUCUAUGAACACACUCUAGGUGGACAGGAAGCACAGAAUUAUGCAUGUAUCCAAAGGAAAGAUGGCUCCUGUAUCUGGUAUCCACGUUUACCUGUCAAGCAACCAAUCUAUGGAAGUCAUCCUUAGUUGUUAAAGGUUCCCAGCAAAACAGAUUCAGCUGGUUCUACCAAUCAGCAUGAGGCAGUGGAACACACAAAACAAUGAACUGUACAAACUUGUAAUCAGUAUUUGUCAAGGUUGGCUUUGGUGGAACAGUAAGUUCAGGAGCUUUUUGAGUGAGUGCCUACCCAAAACUGCUAUGUGAUAUGUUAAUGAGGUACAGGGGCAAAAU